AUGGAGGGCGGCAGCGGCGGCAGCGAUAGCAGCAGCCCCGGCGGGAGUGGCGGGGCGCAGCAGAGGGAGCUGGAGCGCAUGGCCGAGGUCCUGGUCACCGGGGAGCAGCUGCGGCUCAGGUUGCAUGAGGAAAAGGUUAUUAAAGAUAGACGGCAUCAUCUCAAAACCUACCCAAACUGUUUCGUCGCAAAAGAACUGAUUGACUGGCUGAUUGAGCACAAAGAGGCUUCUGACCGAGAGACAGCAAUUAAACUCAUGCAGAAAUUAGCAGAUCGGGGCAUCAUUCAUCAUGUGUGUGAUGAGCACAAGGAAUUCAAGGAUGUCAAACUCUUCUACCGCUUCAGAAAGGAUGACGGCACCUUCCCAUUGGACAACGAAGUGAAGGCCUUCAUGAGAGGACAGAGGCUAUAUGAGAAGCUGAUGAGCCCUGAAAACACACUCCUGCAGCCCCGGGAAGAGGAGGGGGUCAAGUAUGAGCGCACCUUCAUGGCAUCUGAAUUCCUGGAUUGGCUGGUUCAGGAAGGAGAGGCCACCACAAGGAAAGAGGCAGAGCAACUAUGCCACCGGCUUAUGGAGUAUGGCAUCAUACAGCAUGUGUCCAACAAGCACCCAUUCGUGGACAGCAAUCUUCUCUACCAGUUCAGAAUGAACUUCCGGCGGAGGCGAAGACUCAUGGAGCUGCUCAAUGAAAAAUCCCCUUCCCAGGAAACGCACGACAGUCCCUUCUGCCUGAGGAAGCAGAGCCAUGACAACCGGAAAUCUACCAGUUUCAUGUCAGUCAGCCCCAGCAAGGAGAUCAAGAUCGUGUCUGCCGUGAGGAGGAGCAGCAUGAGCAGCUGUGGCAGCAGUGGCUACUUCAGCAGCAGCCCCACCCUCAGCAGCAGCCCCCCUGUGCUCUGCAACCCCAAGUCUGUAUUGAAGAGGCCUGUCACUUCUGAGGAACUCCUGACUCCCGGAGCACCGUAUGCCAGGAAGACAUUCACAAUUGUUGGUGAUGCUGUUGGCUGGGGCUUUGUGGUGCGAGGAAGCAAGCCAUGCCACAUCCAGGCCGUGGACCCCAGUGGCCCUGCGGCCGCGGCAGGAAUGAAGGUCUGUCAGUUUGUCGUCUCUGUCAAUGGGCUCAACGUGCUGCAUGUGGACUACCGGACUGUGAGCAAUCUGAUUCUGACCGGCCCACGGACCAUUGUCAUGGAAGUCAUGGAGGAGUUAGAGUGCUGA